ACUCGCAGAGGACGAGAAGAAAUGCGAGGCCGAGGCCAAAUCCCUCCGCCGCCAGAAGCAAUCCCACCUCGAUCAGCUUCAGAACGACCCUUCGUCGUCCUUCUCCAACCCUAUCUCCAGGCCGGAAAUCACCAAAUCAAAGCCCGAACCCUCCUCCAGAUCCCCGGCCGAGGAGGAGAAAGGCACGCUGGAUUAUUUAUCAGUAGGCGUAGGCAUGGAUCAGGACCAGCAAUGGACGACCAAUUACUUGAAUGCAUCACUCGAUCCCAGACAACAAACUAGAACCUUCGAUGAGGCAUCGCCUCAGCAACCGUCCCUUCAACCAGGUUAUGGUGCUGAUCUUGCUGAAGCUGCAGCACAGAAGUUAGAUUCACUUGAAUCGCGGCUGGUAGCACCAGUUUCGCUAGAGCAAUUUAUCAGGAAACACUGGAAUGAGGAUGAGGAAGGCUUUGAGCAUUCCAUUGUUGAGAGCAAGGAGAAGGAAACUGUGAAAGGACUACUUCUAGCAUUGCUUGACGAUCCUAGUGAGAAGAUCCGUACUGCAGCAAGUGUGGCUGUAUCGGCGAUUGCGCUUUAUGAUUGGCCAAAAGAUUGGCCUGAAUUAUUGCCUUUUCUUUUAGAUUUAAUUUAUGACCAGAGUGAACUGAAUGGUGUGCAUGGAGCUUUAGUAUGCUUGUCUCUUCUUUCCUCGGACAUGGAUGACGAGAUGGUGCCCCAAAUUGUCCCAUAUUUAUUCCGAUUCUUGCACAGGAUUGUGUCGUCUUCUCAGAUCUAUGGCAAAAGUCUGAUGUCUGAAGCUCUGUCAGUACUUUAUAAUUGUACUUCAAGGAUUGGGGCUAUGAGUGGUGUUUACAAGAAUGCUGACUUCUACCAAUUCACUUUGCCGACUGUCCAGGCCAUAAUAAAGGUCAGUGGGUGUACUCGUUCGCUGGUUUUCAAAGCUUCCCCCUACAUCGAGCCAAUCCUAAAUAGUCCUCAACAAGAACGCGAUGGUUUAGUUGCAGGUUCUUUAGAUCUUGUCACAAUGCUGAUAAAGAACGCCCCUGUUGAAGUGGUAAAAGCACUCUUUCAAGUUUCAUUUCAUCCUGUCGUGAUAAUAGUUCUCCAGAGUACUGACUAUGGAAAAAUGAAGAAUGCAACCCAGUGCCUAGCUGCACUUGUGUCUGUUUGGAAACAAGAUAUGCUUUCUUGGUCUGGUGAUCCUGGUUCCACGAUGAGAAGUUUGCUGGAUGUAGCUUGGAGGCUUCUAGACCCUGAACUAGAAACUUCCGGAUCGCUUUUUGUCGGCAGCUACAUUCUACAGCUUAUUUUACAUUUGCCUUCACAAAUGGCGCAGCACAUCAGGGACCUUGUGACUGCACUUGUCAGACGCAUGCAGUGUUCACAAAUUGCGGGACUGAAAUGUUCAUUGCUACUAAUUUUUGCUAGAUUGGUCCACAUGAGUGUCCCACAUGUUGAACAAUUUGUUGACUUGCUCGUCUCUAUCCCUGCCGAAGGGGAAAUUCAAGGAGCCUACCAAAUUAAAGUGACAACUACUGCUUUGGCUUUGUUGCUUUUGACUCGACAUGUUGAAUUGUGGAACGUUAAUGUUAAAGGCCAUCUUAUCAAGUCUGACACGGGCAUAACGACUCGCUCCAGAGCCAAGACAUUACCGGAUCAAUGGACAGUUGUGCCACUUCCUGCGAAGAUUCUGGCUAUACUAGAGGACACUUUACUAGAAAUCCAAGAACAAGUAGAUGGGGAUAAUGAGGAGGAUAGCGAUAGCGACUGGGACGAAGCUGAGAGUGAAGUUGAGAGUGAAGAUGAUGAUUUCUUAUCUUCUUCUGCUGAAUCCGCAUUACAUGUUAGACCUACUUAUGAAUAUCUUGAUGCCAUGGCAAAGGCUUUUAAUGAGGACCAAGAAGAUGACUUUGAAGAUGAACUUCGUAGUGGUGUGGAUCCUCUAAAUGAGAUCAGUUUAGUGAACAUUCUUUUCGAAUCCCUGGAAAAAUUCUCAGAGGGCGACGAACCAUGUUUUGAACAUCUAUUUCAGAGUAUCACAAUGCCUCACCAAGAAGCUAUGGAAUUGGUUUAAAGAUGAGGGGCAGUGUGAUUUGUUUAGUGCAAAGAUUGCCGAUCUUUGUAAGUGCCAGUACAUUACACAUCUUUUUCUUUUGUUU